AUGCGCGACGACGAAGACGCGUACGAUUUCGAUCCCGCCGACGUCGCGCGCGCGCAGAACGCGCUGCUGCGCGCCGCGCUCGCCGCUCGAAACGACGAAAAGUGCGCCGAGGCGGCGGCGACGUCCCUCGCCCCGUGGGCGCCCACGGAGCCGCGCCGACGCGCCGUCGCCUUCGACGCGUGCGCGCUGUCGUCCUCCGACGUCCUGUACGACCUCGGAUGCGGCGAUGGGCGCGUGCUCGUGGACGCCGCCAAGGCGAGGGGCUGCCGCUGCGUGGGCCUCGAGCUCGACGACGCGCUCGUGCGAGACGCGCGCGAACGCGUCGCGCGCGAGAAUCUCGAGGACUUGAUCACCGUGCACAAAGGUGAUCUCACCGCGUUGACCGCCGAGGCGCUGGCGCGCGGCGUGCUCGAUUCACCCGCGCCGACGUGCGCGUUCGCGUGGCUCACGGGCGCGGGCCUGCGUCGACUGUCGCCGACGCUGCGGCGCGCCUGGGAGAUUGGAGAUUUUCGCAUCGUCACGUGCGUCGACGCCCUGGACGCGUGCGUGGACUUCGAGCGCGACGGUGCGUUCGCCGAGCCCGACGAUUCGACGCCGUGGGAGGUUCGGCGCGAUCGCGCCGCCGACUUCGGCGUCUUCGUCGUGCCGAGGCGCGCGCGCGCGCGAGCGUCCGUCGAACGCGCGAAUUGA